AUGUCGUUACAAUCCUUCUUCCAGUUCUUUUCAUUGUUACUAUACAUUUCCACCAUUAAUGGGUUCUCUGCAAAUCCCUCCGCAAAAGAAUCUUCUUCCGUGAUUCACUUUCAGAUGAUUCACAGACACGCUCCGGAGCUCUUGGGUGAAAAGAAAUUAACCCAUUCCGAGCGCAUCAAAGAGCUCCUUCAUGGCGAUAAGGUUCGCAUGGAGAUUCUCUCCCACAAGCGCAAACUCAGGAACGAAUUAGGGGCAACAUCAUCAUCAUCAUCAUCAAGGAGAAGAGCAUCUCAAUUUCAUGGGGACAACUCUUCCUUCUCGUUUCCGUUGUUGUCUGGCUCCUUUACCGAUACAGCCUCGUACUAUGUAACGUUCAGAGUCGGCACACCUCCUCAGGAAUUCCUGCUGUUGUUAGAUACAGGAAGCGAUCUCACCUGGAUGAAUUGCAGGCUCAAAUCUAAUCAGGGCAAUCGCAAUGCAAAAGAAUUAAACACAACAAAGCGAGUCUUCCAUCCCGAACAUUCUAAAACCUUCAAAACCAUACCCUGCAACACCACCUUGUGUCGAGAAGAUUUCGCCGAUCUCAUGUCUAACACAGUAUGUCCGACACCCAAUUCCCCUUGCAGCUACGAAUACUCUUACGUUAGCACGGAAGUAGCCCAAGGCAUCUUCGCCUAUGACACCGUAACAGUGAACCUAACCAACGGUAGCAAGAAGAAGAUCCCUGACAUGUUAAUAGGUUGUACACAGGUGUGGAACGAUUCCAAUAGCCUUAGCAAAGCCGAUGGCGUCUUCGGUUUGGGUUUUAAUUCCCAUAGCUUCGUCUCCAAUGUCUACAAGAAAUUCCAUGGAAAGUUCUCCUACUGCUUGAUGGACCAAUACGCCACCAAGAAUGUAACCAAUUACCUCACCUUCGGCCAUCGCAGCAGCACCCAAGGGAUACCUCCCAAAAUGAAAUUCACAACAUUGGGUCUUAUCGGAGACCAUUUCGGCGUCAGUGUGAAAGGAAUCUAUGUAAAUGGGGUGAAAUUGAAGAUCCCUGCUAAGGUUUGGGAUAUCGAAAAAGGGGGAGGAGUGGUUAUCGAUUCUGGGUUUAGCUUGACUAUGUGGGUUCAAGAGGCAUACGGUCCAAUCAUAGCUGCCCUUGAGAAGCCAUUACUUGGGAAGCUCAAACGUGUGGAGUCUGAGAAUUUCGACUCAUGCUUCAAGGUUCCCAAUACCACUACCAUGUACGAGUCAUUGGUGCCUAAGUUGGAAAUCGAGUUCUUGCAUGGGGUUCGAUUGAAGCCAGCAGUGAGUAGCUAUUUUAUUGACGCGGACGACACCGGCGAGGUGAAGUGUUUUGGGUUUUCUCAGACACCGGUAGAUGAUAAGGAAGCUUCAGAGAGCAACUCCAUCUCUAUCCUUGGAAGCAUGAUGCAACAGAAUCACUUGUGGGAGUUUGACAUUCUUCAGGAUCGAUUGGGAUUUGCUCCCUCCUCUUGUGUGCUUCCUGCUUAG